UUUAAUCUGCAGAAUCCCGAUCUCCUCUAUAUUAAUAGGCCGAGAAUGGGAAACAAGCUCAAUCUCUCCGCACACAGGGGAGCAGGAAAGAGAGACAGAGUGUAAGGCUGCAGGAAACAGAGCUUUCUCUUCUCGUCUCAUUUUUAGCUUCCCUUCCUCCAUUUCUUUUGAUGAAGCCGGCAAAAAUGCAUCCUUUUUGAACUCUAGACCCAACGGGAAAUCUCCUCUCUUUGAAUUAUAAAACUAGCCUGUACCACUAUGUGUAAUACGAACAGCAGAGCCGUUUCCAUGGCGGCCACCGAUGAAAAGAACCCACUAUUGCCCCGUUUCAUCAUCGUCUCGCCCUCAAAGCCGGGAAAGAACCAACCUUGGAAAUCGCUGGAGCCGGAGAAGCCCGCCCAAUUUCCUCUCUUCUCAUUACCGGCCGAGACCCUGAGGGAGGCGUUGUCCCUCUUCCAUCUCUCAUUCCCCAUCGCGCUUACCGCGCUCCUUCUUUACUCCCGCUCUGUUAUUUCUAUGAUCAUUUUAGGAUAUUUGGGUGACCUUGCGCUUGCCGCCGGCUCCCUUGCCAUCGCCUUCGCCAACAUCACGGGCUACUCUGUGCUCGCGGGCUUAUCGCUGGGAAUGGAGCCCCUCUGCUCCCAGGCCUUCGGUGCCAACCAGCCCAAGCUCUUGGCGCUGACCUUCCACCGCUCUGUUCUCUUCCUCCUGUGUUCUUCCAUCCCCAUCUCUCUUCUCUGGCUCAACAUGUCAAAGAUCCUCCUUUUCCUCGGCCAGGACUCGGAAAUCACCUCCCUCGCCCAAAGUUUCCUCAUUUUCUCUCUCCCUGACCUCAUUUCCUUAUCUUUCAUUCAUCCGCUCCGCAUCUACCUACGGUCGCAGGGUAUCACCCGCCCUCUAACGCUAGCCGCCUCCGUCGCCGCCUUCCUCCACCUCCCGGCCAACCUCCUCCUCGUCUCCCACCUCCGCUUUGGCGUGCCCGGCGUCGCGGUGGCCUCUGCUGCCUCUAACCUCGCCCUCCUCCUCUUCCUCCUCCUCCACCUCCGCGGCGACCCAGAACCCACGUGGCGGCGUCCCACGCGCGAGUGCCUCUCCGGCUGGGCUCCCCUGGCCCGCCUCGCCGCACCCAGCUGCGUCUCCGUCUGCCUCGAGUGGUGGUGGUACGAGCUGAUGAUCCUUUUCUGCGGCCUCCUCCCGGACCCCAAGCCCGCGGUGGCCUCCAUGGGCGUCCUGAUGCAGACCACCGCCCUCGUCUACGUCUUCCCCUCCUCCCUCAGUUUUGGCGUCUCCACCCGGGUUGGCAACGAGCUGGGUGCCAAUAGCCCGGCCCGCGCCCGCGCUUCCGCCGCCGUCUCGGUGGCGCUUUCGGCCAUGAUGGGGUUCGCGGCGAUGGGGUUCGCUGUGGGGAUGCGAGAGCGGUGGGGGCGGCUGUUCACUGACGACGGGAAGAUACUCCGGCUGACGGCAGCGGCGCUGCCGAUCGUGGGGCUGUGCGAGCUGGGCAACUGCCCGCAGACGGUGGGGUGCGGCGUGCUGCGGGGGAGUGCACGGCCGGCCCAUGCGGCGGGCGUCAACCUAGGGUCCUUCUACCUCGUCGGCAUGCCGGUGGCCGUCGGGGUGGGGUUUGGCCUCGGCGUGGGCUUCACGGGGCUCUGGAUGGGCCUCCUCGCCGCCCAGGUCUGCUGCGCGGGCCUCAUGCUCUACGUCGUGGGGACCACCGACUGGAAGGCCCAGGCAUGGCGGGCUCAGGUGCUCACGGGGAACCCACCUGCCGGGCCCAAAGAAGAGGAGGGUGGCAAAGUAGUUCAUGAUGAGGUGAUGGCGGUCGAGGAAGGAAAGGGUGCACCCACUUGCUACGAGCCAUUGAUCUCCAGCAGAGCGGUAGAUAUUUGAGGCGCCACCUAUUAUAUAUAAUGCCCUUCUGAAUUCUAACUUUUAGAUAGAGGAAAGAUGAUUUUGCGAGAAUUAUUGAUUAUAUGAUAUUUAUAUUAUAUAUAUAAUAUAUAUUUUACUUUUCCUAUCUAAUUGAAGCUAUUCUCUCGAUAAUUAUUUGAGGGACUUUGUACUCAUGGGAAAUGACUUGUAGGAGCAGAGUGUGUGGGAAUGAGUGCCCGUGACUUGGGGGUGCAUUUGUAUUUUAGACUUGUAUUUGUACCUUGGCUCAUAAUUAUAUUUAACUAUUUUUCUCAA